AUGAACACAAAAAGGAGGAAGCGGGAAGGAAAUUAUCAUGAGGAAAUAUAUACUUAUAAAAAUGACGAAAAGUAUGACGAGGACUUUUUAGAUAUAGAUAGUAACGUACUAAAGGUGUGCGACAAAAAAGGGGGAGUACUUCGCCAACUGAAUAUAUUUUCCCCUCGGGGAAGAAGCAAGAGGGGCAAUAAAAGGGAAGGAAGAGGGGAGAGCCGCGAGAAGAGGGUAACUACGAACAUUGUGAAUGACGUUAGGUUCAUGGACAUACUACUAUGUGGGGAUAAGGAUAGCGGAAAGACCACUUUCUUGAAUUGUAUAAGCUGCGUGGAGAGCUUUAAAUCGGGGCGCACUGAUGGGAGCGGCGGUGGUAGUGCUGGUGGUAGCGGCGGAGGUAGUGGCGGUGGAGACUGCAACCCCACCUCCCCGCGGAGGAACAAACAAAUCGUGUGGAAUUACAACAGGUUGGAACUUCUGUCCUACGUCCCCAUUAUUUUCUCCAAACUUACAAAUAGAAAUUACGAUGUGAUGAGAAAAACGUUUAAAAAAAAUUUUUUAGACACGGAUAUAUGCCAAGCUUCUAUUUUUUUAACUCGGGAUGACUUGCAGUUUAUUAAUUACGAGUUCGGUUUAGGGGAAGGCUUAAGGACUGACCACUUUGACUACCUGCAGAUAAACUUCUGUGAGUACGGCGAUGAUUUGUUUCGAAAAAUAAGGGGAUACUGCGACAUGGGUGACUAUCUGGGUCUGGGGAGAGACGCAGCAAGUGGGACACCGGACGGCGCCAGUCCGUGCACAUGCGGGGAAAGAAGCCGUAAAGAGGGGAGAAUCGGAAAAGAGGGGAGAAGCGCAAAUGGGGUGUACCUGCCGGAGCUCACAAAGCGGCGAACGAAAUGGCUAACGAACUGGCCCCCGAGCUGUCCCAAGAAGGACGCAGCCCAGUCCAGCAUCAUCAUCAACAUCGCAGAAGGAGCGCUUCUACGAAUUAAGGAAACAAAGUACAUAAGUUAUUUCAUCAAUUUGAGGAGGUCAUUCCUUUUGGUGAAGUCUACUGUGCGCAUGUAUAGAAUUCUAAUGGGGAAAAGGAACAGAAGGAGGGGAGGAAAAACAAUCAAUAUUGAUGUCAGCGCAGAAGGAAAGGAAGAUCCCAGUGAUAGUGCAUUUCUCUACGGAGCUUUGAACACAACCAAGUGUACAUUUAAAAGGGGAAACUCCAACCCGAGUAAAUCCCUUUUUAGGAAGAAAAAAAAUUUAUUCAUCACGAUAAAUGAGGAACAUAUUAUGAACACGUUUGACUAUUUAAGCAUUAUAAAAGAUAUGAAUAACUAUGAUAGGAAGGACGUCCUUUUUGUGGCUAGCCGAGCCUUCGAUUUUGAGAAGCUCAGCAAAAGGUUCCACAUAUACUUUAACUUGAGUCACAAUCUGGAGAUCUUCAAUUUUGCUUUUAGGAGUAGUACUAAUCGCAGUAAAUGGAACACACAUCGAGGUGGCAGCUGCGGGGCUACCCUCCCCCAAGAAGAUAUCUACCACCUUUUAAAAAAAUGUGUCAUUGAAAAUUGGAAAGUUUGUAAAAGAAGGGCAAAAAGAAGAAGCAGAAAAUGCCACCAAAAAAGUGACGUAAUUUUUAAAUAUCUUUCGAAAAAGAAAUUAAAACUCAUGCGGGAUAGUCACAAGAAGGAACCUAAGCUCAAUAGUGGGAGGAAGCAACAGGAGGUUCAAAAUAACAUCGGGGGUGCCAAACAUGCAGAAAGGAAUGAUCAUCAUUUGUGUGAUUGUACUUAUGGGAGGGAAAACAAGCAAAUCGGAGGGACGACGGAUCUUUCCUUUCUCUUGGCAGAAAGACGGGAGGUAGCAAACUUUUUUAAAACGUUCUAUGACGAAUACAUUUACAGAAACCAAAAUCGAGCCUAUGUAAAAAAUUUGGUGAAGGAAAAUUUCGACAUUUGUUUUUUGUUUAUUAAGUUUUGCUUCUACCAUUUUUAUGGCCCUCAAGGGAAGGAAAAACAAAACUGCGUGAAGGUCAACAAGCUGAAUAUAUACAAAUUUGUCUACGUAAAACAGAUUGAAGUGAUUCGAAAGGGGAAGAACCUCUCCCAUUACAACAUUUGUGUCCCGUCAUGUGUGUAUGUUUUUAUUAAUUUGCUAAAGAUGAAUUAUCAGGGUACUCCCUUUCGACCCCUACGGGAGCAUAAAAUAUCUUCCCUCGUCAAGUACCUUUUUUACGCUGUUAUCCAUUACAAGCUAAGGAAAAGAAGCUACGAUUUUUACAGGCGGGGUAAGAUAGGGGGAAGUCACAUCUGCUACUUCACUCGUGGAGUUAUAAUUAACUCACUGGUCGAUCUGUUUGAAAGUAGGAAGCAAAAGGGGACGAUAACUUCCCAUUACGUUGAUUCGGGCAGAAUAAAACCAGAGAGGCAUAAACAUACAGAAGAAUUGCUACCGGCACUCGAUAGGAAGUAUCGAAGGAACAGAAAAAUAUUAAAGGAUAUCCUUAACCACAUGGACAUGCAUAUGCAUAUGCAACCGUUCACCAUUAUAAAUAGUAUCAAAUCCGACUGGGGAUAUUUUAGAAACUAUAUGAUCCAGUCAAGCAUGUGUUCGUACUACAGCGGGGCUACUUACGUAUACCCUGACGUGACCUUCGCGCUUGUGCUAAAUUUUAAGCCGCUUCACCGGCGCGGGCGCAUUGGCCAUGGACGGGCGGUAGCGAUAGGAGCAGCAGAGGAGGAAGAAGAAGCGGAAGAAGCCGAAGAAGCAGACAUAGACGCGGAUGAUGCCAACUCAGAAGCACUCCGGGGGAACAGCAUCCACUUCGUGCCAGUAGCCGAUGCAAACACUAAAAAUAAGCUGCGCGGGGGGAGGUCCAUUUUGCACUUUCCCUUUUCACACAGGCUGCUAAAGUACUUCAUUGAAAACAUCCCCCCGAGGAGGGAUGGCAAAGGGAGCAAUUCUUCUCACAUCUUACUCCAGCUAUUAUGUAAUCGCUUCUUCAAAGCAUUAAAAAGGUUGUUAAUGUACUACUAUACAGGUGAACAGAUAAAACGUAGAAGAGAAAUCAACAGCAUUUUUAUUUUAUUAAAUUAUGUCAUGGAUGUUUAUUACCUCAUGGCGUACGAGAAUAUGUGCUUCUACGUGGCUACGCAUGGUGACUUUGUCCUCACCAACGAUUUACACGCUUCGCGGCAGUUCAGUGAAGGUAAUUCUUUUGGAGGGAAAAGAAGAGUCACCUUUCACCUGUACCAAAAUUGUGCGCUAUUUAAUUCAGCUUACUUUCUGUGGGAAGAAAUGAAAUAUGGGGGGAAGAAUGGUUCGAUGCGUAGGCACCUUUCACAUUGGAAGAAGGAUUUGUUUUUUGCGGUGCGUUUGGCGGAGUGA